AUGCUCCGCGCUACCUCGCGCGGCCUGCACACGACAGCGGCGCGCGCCGUGCGCCGCCCGCAGAAACCCUUUGAAACCUACAUCCCGCGCGACCUGACCGGGCGCACCCAAAUCGGCGUGCACAAACGCCAAGCCGCGCAACAGGACCAGCUGUACAAGCUCGCGCACGAAGGACGCGCCUCCAAGGCAGAGAAGUACGCCGAGACAUACGGCCUGCGAGUGGGCGCGACGCACAAGUCGGCCAAGGCCGAGGACGCGGAGCGCGCGCAAGCCGACGAGCGGCCCGUACGCCCUCCCGACGCCGCCGAGGAGGACAUGGCGACGCUGCGCCGCAAAGCGUACCAAACAAGCGACGUGCAGCUCGUGCUCGAAAAGUGGCGGAGGGGCGUGGACGUGCGCGGGGGCGCGUACGCCGUGCGCGCGAAAGAGCGGGAGGAGGAGGGCGAACGCGCGCGGCGGCUCGCGGAGCGCAAAGCCGCGCGGCGGGAGAAGAAGGAGACGUGGCGCGCCGCGAAGCGGCAGAGCACAUACUCCAGCCUAGCGUUGUAUCGCGCGCAGCACGCCGAGGGUGUGCGGCUCGCGAGAUUGGGGUUCCCGGCUUUCCGGGCCAAGCAGAUGGCCAAGAGCCGCUGGGUCGAGGAGGACGGGCGAGCUGUUAUUCUGGCCGCGGAUUUGCGGUACUUGGGCGGCGCGGAGGACUCUGCGAUGCGCGAGCGCGUGUGGGCCGCGGAGAAGAGGGCGGGUCGCACGGCCGGCCCAGAUCCUACGCCCGCACAAUUGGGACAGGAUGGGAGCCGACGAAGCGGCUGA